CAUUUUAAUUAUUAAAAAUUCACUUGAAAUUUGCAGAAACGAUAAAACAAAUGAUAAAUGAAUGUACAUAGUUGUCUAUUGGCUAUUGGGAAAUUUUAACUUGUGAGUGUUCUCAUGGCUUGGAAUUUUAAUUUUUAUCUUUUCAUUAAAAAUAAAUUACUAUUAAAAUUGUUAUUUUGCUUGCUGGUUUUUACUAUUGUCACAAUUUUAAUGGCCAUGAAGUCCAUAUUUAAAAGCCCAAUAAAUCAUUUUUGUUUAUAUCAAUCAUGCUCCAAUGAAAAUGUGACUGUAAAUGAGAAACACAAUUUUCGGACUAUAUCCUCUAGAAAAAAAUAUAUGAAAAAGAAUUUUGAAAAUAUUUACAAAAGAAACAUAAGCAAUAUAAAAGAUAAAAAUAGUUUGUUAGCUGUUAAGAAAUCUGUUGUAAACAGGCAUAAAAAACACAGACUGAAAAUGAUUUCAUUUAACGGCAGCAAUAAUUUGAAAAAAAAGGAGUUUCAUAGUUUGACUAAAAAUAAUGAAAUUAACUUGAAAUUAUCCACAAAUUAUCAUUAUGGAUCACAUACAACAUUACCAUGGCAACCAUGGUAUUUGCAACCAGAUAAACUUGAAAACCUCAAUAAAAAUAUUGUCUAUGAAAAUCUCAAAAUACCAAAAGCAAAAAAACGUAUUCCUGUUAAUAUAAUUUUAAUUGUCUCAUCUGCACCUUCUCGAAUUGAUCGGAGAUUUGCCAUUCGUCGAACUUGGUGGACACAAUGCAAAUCUACUUCUAAGAUAUCUAUCAAAUGUGUAUUUCUAACUGAUUGGAAAGAUCCAAGUUCUAACAGUGAUAAUGGCAAUAUCGUUGACCUACAAUUGGAGUCUGAUAGGUAUAGAGACAUUCAUUUUCAAAAUUUGACCGGAGGAUAUGAUUUUGGAAAACGAUUUCUUUAUCAUAUGGUGUGGGCUAUGCAAAAUUUCAAGUUUGAUUAUUUUUUAAGACUUGACGAUGAUUAUUUUUUAUGUCUUGAAAGAUUUCUUUAUGAAGUACCAAUGCCUCCUAAGAAGCUCUAUCAUUGGGGUUGGGUGCAUUGUAUUAAUGAGUUAGUUCGUCCAGAAGAAAGUAUAAUUUUGCUAUCAAAUGAUUUAAUUGAAAGAUUUUUAGGUCAAGAUCCUGAGAGAAUGCUAUGUCAUCGUUGGGCUGAUCAGAUGAUUGGAAUUUGGGUUAACAAUAUUUAUCUGCCCGGUUUUCAAUAUAAACAUGAUAAUCGCUUACAUCACGAUCCACCUGCUAUGUUUAUUGAAAAUUUUAAAACUCAAAAAAAUAUUUGUAAUUGGUAUAUUGGCAUUCAUGGUAGUUAUCCAAAAGAAAUGAUGACUCUAUGGAGGAAUAGAGGCCUAAAUAAUUAUAAUAAAAACAAGACACUUGAUGAUUACAGCGAAUAUUGUAUGUAUAAUCAAUAUAUGAACUGGGAUUUAUUUGAAAAUGAAUGGCAUGCUAUGCCGAUGUUGUGUAAAGAAGAUCCUAGUUGGGGUGGAGCUUUAGGAACUCUUUAUCAUGGGCGACAAGGUCAGGUAGCUCAAGUAUGACAAGUUUAUAAAUAGUUUGUUUCGAAACUUUUUAAUUUGUUAUUUUUGACUGCAGAUUUUUAAUUGCAGAUAAUUUUUAAUUACAGAUACACAUUUGUAUUUUUAUAUAUAAAAUAAAUAAAAAUAUUUUAUUCUU